GCAGUUUUACCAGCUGCCAAGGCCGAAGCCGUCGGUUGUCUUUUCGCUGGGAGGAAACGAGCAAGGCGACUGUCAGCUAGCUACGUGACCUCCGUAUGCGUUGCUUAACAAUUGCCAUGUUAAUCGUCUUCAUCUUCUUGCGGUAGCAAACAGUAAACACGUCAUUGGUUUUGCACUCCCUCGGUUUUUUUUGCGCUUCUUUUUCCGUUUGUGUCGUCGAGCCGAACGCGGCUAACCCGUCGUCCUACUAGCUAGCUUGUUAUCUACAAAAGGGGCCAACACAGCUUGGUCGAAAAUGAGAGGGGGAUCCUCGUACGGAGACAGGGACAGGGACAGAGAUCGUGGACGAGACAGGCCACGGUUUGGAGGGGGCAUGGGUGGCCGCGGCGGACCCCCGCCUAUGAAGUUUGGAAAUCCUGGGGAGCGUCUGCGCAAAAAGAGGUGGAACCUCGAUGAGCUGCCAAAAUUCGAAAAGAACUUCUACACCGAGCAUGUUGAAGUCCAGCACAUGGGUCAGUUUGAGGUGGAGGAGUUUCGCAGGAAGAAGGAGAUCACCAUCAGAGGCUCUGGCUGUCCCAAACCCGUCACCGCUUUCCACCACGCUCAGUUUCCUCAGUACGUGAUAGAUGUCCUGGUGCAGCAGAACUUCAAGGAGCCCACGGCCAUCCAAGCUCAAGGUUUCCCCGUGGCCUUGAGCGGCAAAGACAUGGUGGGAAUCGCACAGACCGGGUCUGGAAAAACUCUGGCGUAUCUCCUUCCAGCUAUUGUACAUAUUAACCACCAGCCCUAUCUGGAGAGAGGGGAUGGUCCUAUAUGUCUGGUCCUUGCACCGACCAGAGAGCUGGCCCAGCAGGUUCAGCAGGUCGCCUACGACUACGGCAAGUCGUCCCGGAUCAAAAGCACCUGCGUUUACGGCGGCGCGCCUAAAGGGCCGCAGAUCCGGGACCUCGAGAGGGGGGUGGAGAUCUGCAUCGCCACGCCCGGUCGCCUCAUUGACUUCCUGGAGGCGGGGAAGACCAACCUGCGCCGCUGCACCUACUUAGUCCUGGACGAGGCCGACCGCAUGCUGGACAUGGGCUUUGAGCCGCAGAUUCGCAAGAUUGUUGAACAAAUCAGACCGGACAGACAGACCCUGAUGUGGAGCGCCACGUGGCCAAAAGAGGUUCGGCAGCUCGCCGAGGACUUCUUGCGGGAGUACAUCCAGAUUAACAUCGGCGCUCUGGAGCUCAGCGCCAACCACAACAUUCUUCAGAUAGUCGACGUCUGCAUGGAGAAUGAAAAGGACAACAAACUCAUUCAGCUGAUGGAGGAGAUAAUGGCCGAGAAGGAGAACAAAACCAUCAUCUUCGUGGAGACCAAAAAACGAUGCGACGACUUAACUCGGAGGAUGCGGCGCGACGGGUGGCCGGCCAUGUGUAUCCAUGGAGACAAGAGCCAGCCAGAGAGAGACUGGGUGCUCACUGAGUUCAGGAGCGGCAAGGCCCCCAUCCUGAUAGCGACGGACGUGGCGUCUCGGGGUCUGGACGUGGAAGACGUGAAGUUCGUCAUCAACUAUGACUAUCCCAGCUCCUCUGAGGAUUAUGUCCACCGUAUCGGCCGCACGGCCCGCAGCACCAAUAAGGGCACAGCCUACACCUUCUUCACCCCGGGGAACCUGCGGCAGGCCAGAGACCUGGUGCGGGUCCUGGAGGAGGCCCGGCAGGCCAUAAACCCCAAGCUGCUUCAGCUCGUGGACUCCAGCCGCGGAGGCGGAGGAGGUGGCAGAAUGCGAUACCGUGGCGGCAGCUCCAACAACCCUAACCUGAUGUAUCAGGAUGAGUGCGAUCGCCGCAUGCGCUCCGGCGGAGGAGGCGGCGGCGGCAGCAAAGACAGCCGCGGGGGCUUCAACCGCGACGGACGCAACAACCGCGAAGAGGAGCGCUCUUCGUCGUCCUCCUACAGAGACAGGAACCGGGACAACAGGAACAACAACAACUACAACUCGGGCUCCGAUCAGUACCAGAACUACAACAACAACAACGGGGGGUACAACUCUCGCGGCGCCGGAGGCCAGUCGGCCGGCGGCGCCCAGGAUCAAGCCAACCAGCAGCAGAGUCAGUUCGGCCAGGGUCCUCCUCCCCCCCCGCAGCCGACGGGGGCCCCGCAGCCGCUGAUGGCGCAGCAGUUCCCCCCGCCGCCGCAGCCCCCACUCAUGGGCUUCAUGGCGCAGCCGCCCUACCCUCCCUUCCCCAAUGCGCCCCCGCCUCCCCCAGGCCAGCAACUCCCCCGAAAGUAGUCACAAUAAACAUUUACUGAGUUAAUUUGUUCAACUGCGUGUUAGUAGCCGUCUUUACUGUCGUGGUCUCCGGCACCCAGGAGUGUAAACAGUGUUUUAUCCAAGGAGGUGAGGCCCUGUGCCGUAUUUUUCGGGCCUUAAGGCGCACCAUCGAUUUUUGAGAAGAUUUAAGGGAUUUUUUUAAGUGCGCCUUAUAGUCCGAAAAAUACGGUAUGUUUUUACAUGUGAAAAUUUAAGCAUCGAAUGAGCAAUUAAAACACCUGAAUAAUAAAACUACCCAACCGCGUGUUGAAUUGGAGGAAAAAAGGGCGUUUUACUCUUGUUUCUUUUGUUUCACCCGCUCCAGAGUCCAUCCAAGAAAUCUGAGCCGAGACGUUCUUGGAAAAGAAAAUGAUGUUCAGAGGAUCACAUUCCAAUCACUUCCUUGAUCUUUGUGCUUAUUCAACCAGCUUUUUGUUAAUAACUUUUAAUUUUGGCUUCGCCCGUUUUAAUAAUGGCCCUUAGAUUACUUUUCUCUUACCUUUUAUAAUCUACUGUGUUAGAUUUAGACACAUCCAGUCGUGCAUGCCUCCACAUUCUUUGUGUACCGAGUCAGAAAGUAGUGUUUUAUUGAGCUUUGUUAACUAAAAAAUAUAUUUGCUUGUUUUCUCAGCUAUGCUCUUUUUACAGUGUUUUCCUAAAUAAAUAAAUGAAAUAAAAU